AGCCCGUUCCGACAGCAGCAGGAGAAGGAAAACGAGGAGGGCGAGGAAAGCAUAUCGGCCGGUCUCUGCUGGAGGUAUAGCGCGCCCGGGAGGCGGAGAGGCAGGCAUGGCAGGCGCUAAGCUGACGCCCUCACCCUCGGAGAUCGACCCCGACGUCAAAACCGAGGUGCAGAAAACCCCCGAGCCAACCUGGGUCAACCCGUCCAGCCCUCUCCGGACCAUGGGCUCUUUCGGGAGCGAUGCCGGCCAAAGGUAUCAAGAGGAGUACAGUAUGGACUCAACCAAUGCCCAGGUGCAGGUGGAAUUCUACGUCAAUGAAAACACCUUCAAGGAGAGGCUGAAGCUUUUCUUUAUCAAAAACCAAAGGUCAAGCCUGAGAAUCCGCCUCUUCAACUUCUCACUGAAGAUUCUCACCUGUGCCCUCUACAUCCUGAGAGUCAGCCUGGACGACCCAGAGGAGCCCAACUACAAGCCCUGUGCAAUAUGUGGGAACAACAGUUGGAGUAAUACAACAGACUCGUCAAAAAUCAACUGGGAAUUGAUUUUCUGGGUUCACAGACGGGUUCCUGUAUGGGCGAUCCAGGUGUCAGUGGCCUUAAUCAGUUUCUUGGAGACCAUGCUUAUCACAUAUCUCAGCUACAAGGGGAACAUUUGGGAGCAGAUUUUCCAAAUAUCCUUCAUAUUGGAGAUGAUCAAUACAGUGCCAUUCAUAAUCACAAUCUUCUGGGCUCCACUUAGAAACAUUUUCGUCCCUGUGUUUCUAAACUGCUGGUUAGCCAAAGGCGCCCUGGAGAACAUGAUUAAUGAUUUCCAUCGAGCCAUCCAGAGGACCCACUCUGCCAUGUUCAACCAGGUGUUCAUCCUCAUUUGCACCUUACUGUGUCUGGUUUUCACGGGAGCCUGUGGGAUCCAGCAUCUAGAGAGAGCCGGGAAGCACCUGACUCUGUUUGACUCGUUUUAUUUCUGCAUCGUCACCUUCUCCACUGUGGGAUACGGGGAUGUAACGCCGCAAAUUUGGCCUUCCCAGCUGCUGGUGGUCAUUCUCAUCUGUGUUGCUCUGGUUGUGCUCCCACUGCAGUUUGAAGAACUUGCGUACCUUUGGAUGGAGAGCCAAAAGUUAGGAGGAAACUACAGUCGCCACCGGGCGCAAACAGAGAAGCAUGUGGUUUUGUGUGUCAGCUCGCUCAAGAUUGAUCUGCUGAUGGAUUUCCUAAACGAGUUCUACGCUCAUCCCAGACUACAGGACUACUAUGUGGUGAUCCUGUGUCCAACAGAGAUAGACAUUCAGGUUCGCAGAAUCCUCCAAAUCCCUCUUUGGUCCCAGAGGGUCAUCUACCUUCAAGGAUCUGCCCUCAAAGACCAGGACCUGAUGAGGGCCAAGAUGGACGACGCUGAAGCCUGCUUCAUCCUCAGCAGCAGGAACGAGGUCGACCGCACUGCUGCUGAUCACCAGACUAUUUUGAGGGCUUGGGCAGCGAAAGACUUCGCUCCAAACUGCCCUCUCUAUGUCCAAAUUCUCAAACCAGAAAAUAAAUUCCAUGUUAAAUUUGCAGAUCAUGUCGUAUGUGAAGAGGAGUUCAAGUAUGCCAUGUUGGCGCUGAACUGUGUGUGUCCGGCCACGUCUACCUUAGUCACACUCCUGGUCCACACCUCCAGAGGACAGGAGGGGCAGUUAUCCCCAGAGCAGUGGCAGAGAACGUAUGGGCGCUGCUCUGGCAACGAGGUCUACCACAUCCGCUUGUGUGACAGCAAGUUUUUUGGAGAGUACGAUGGAAAGAGCUUCACGUACGCCUCCUUUCAUGCCCAUAAGAAGUACGGUGUGUGUUUGAUCGGCGUAAAGAGAGAAGACAACAAGAGCAUCAUGCUGAACCCCGGCCCCCGACACAUCAUGGCUGCUGCCGACACAUGCUACUACAUCAACAUCACCAAGGAGGAGAACUCUGCCUUCAUCUUCAAACAAGAGGAGAAGCACAACAAGGGGCUGCCAGUCACCGGCCUCUACGACGCCCCCUCUAGGCUGCCAGUGCACAGCAUCAUCGCCAGCAUGGUUGAUCAGGCCACGUCAUAUGGAACUGUAGCCAUCGAUCUCCAGAACCCAGAUCCGCCGGAGGAAAGCGGCAAACUGACCUUGCCUACAGAGAACGGAGCGGGAAGCCGCAGACCGAGCAUCGCACCUGUCCUGGAGAUCGCAGACUCCUCCGCCAUUCUACCCUGCGACCUCCUCAGCGACCAAUCAGAAGACGAGACCAAUCAAUCAGACGAGGAGGGCUCUGUGGGCUCAGAUUUCGUGAAGGGCUACCCUCCCAACUCGCCCUACAUCGGCAGCUCUCCAACUCUGUGCCACCUCUUGCCACAGAAAGCUCCGUUCUGCUGCCUUCGCCUCGACAAGGGCUGCACUCAUAACAGCUUUGAGGAUGCCAAGGCGUAUGGCUUCAAGAAUAAGCUGAUUAUAGUGUCAGCAGAGACUGCAGGAAACGGUCUGUACAACUUCAUUGUCCCUCUGCGUGCUUACUAUCGGCCCAGGAAGGAGCUCAACCCCAUAGUGCUGCUGCUGGACUACCCGCCAGACAACCACUUCUUAGAGGCCAUUUGCUGCUUUCCGAUGGUUUACUUCAUGGCUGGAACAAUCGACAACUUGGACAACCUGCUACAGUGUGGAAUAAUCUACGCUGACAACCUAGUGGUGGUGGACAAGGAGAGCACCAUGAGCGCUGAGGAGGACUACAUGGCCGACGCCAAGACCAUCGUCAACGUCCAGACCAUGUUCAGGUUGUUCCCCAGUCUCAGCAUCAUCACUGAGCUCACACACCCGUCCAAUAUGAGGUUCAUGCAGUUCAGAGCCAAGGACUGCUACUCACUCGCUCUCUCCAAACUGGAGAAGAUAGAGCGUGAUAAGGGCUCCAACUUGGCCUUCAUGUUCCGGCUGCCCUUCGCUGCAGGCAGGGUGUUCAGUAUCAGCAUGUUGGAUACACUGCUUUACCAGUCUUUUGUUAAAGACUACAUGAUCGCUAUCAUAAGGCUUCUUCUGGGUCUGGACACCACGCCAGGUUCUGGGUACCUGGGUGCUAUGAAAAUCACAGAGGAGGACCUGUGGAUCAGGACGUACGGCAGACUCUUCCAGAAGCUUUGCUCCUCCAGCGCUGAGAUCCCCAUCGGUAUCUAUCGCACCGAGUCGCACAUGUUCUCCACCUCAGAGGGUAAGGACAGUUCUGCACAGUCUCAGGUGUCCAUAAAUGUGGAGCAGGGCGCAGAGCACACUGAGCGCAGAGACACCUGGAAGGAGAAAGCCUCUCACAGAAACUCCACCACGAGCGACCAAUCAGAGCACCCGUUGCUGAGGAAGAAGAGCAUGCAGUGGGCGCGGAGGUUGAGCAGGAAGAGCGCCAAGCCGUCGAGCAGAGCGGAGAGAAUCUCGCAGCAGAGACUCAACCUGUACCGACGCUCGGAGCGGCAGGAGCUGUCUGAGCUGGUCAAGAACCGCAUGAAGCACCUCGGCCUGCCGACUGUGGGAUACGAGGAUGUUUCUAAUCUCACUGCGAGCGAUGUCAUGAAUCGAGUAAAUCUAGGAUAUUUGCAAGACGAGAUGAACGACCACCAGAACACGUUGUCCUACGUCCUCAUCAACCCUCCUCCUGACACCAUGCUGGAGCUCAACGACAUUGUGUACAUAAUCCGCUCCGAUCCGCUGGCACACAUGCCGGAGGACUCCCAGGUGGGUCAGGCCCGCGGCACAAGGAACCAGCAGGACUUUGGCACGGAGACGAGGGACGAGACUCACCUCUGAGAGCCCCUCAACCCUCCUCCACACCCUGACCCUUAACGUUCAAGCCCAGCCUGGGCGCGAGAUAGCUGGUUCGUGUCCUACAGAUGGGAGGCUUAGGUCAGCAGUUCAUCGUGAAUGUGCAUUAUGUGUCUCUCAGCCUCAGAGUCAGAAAUAAUCAACGUUGUGAAGACGGCCACAGAAAGAGCUGCUGUUUCCCACUGAGCUGCUACAGGAGGAUGCAUGAAGAGUGCCUAGUUAACCACCCCGACUUCCCCAAGCCCACCCGCUGUACUAGCACACAACACCCUCACACGUUUCAUCACGUAUCUUCUUGGGUAUUUGGAUUUUUGCACACAUACUGUACAGGAUAUGAAAUCAUGAUUCAUCACAGGGGUGAAGUUGCCCUCCUGCCACGACUACAACCAACCCAACUACUCAUCUUUCUACCUAAACUCACCAAGAACUGAAUCAUGGGGGGGAAAUAAACCCUCCUCCACAUCCUCCUGUUUUCUACGAGUGAAGGCUACGUAUUUCUAUCAAUUUAAGCAUUGUUAUCAUUCAAUUACACUUUCAUCUGCACUUUUCUUCUUUUAUUACAAAGUAUCUGGUUUUUUUUGGUCUCUCUUUGAAUCAGACGAGAUUUCAUUUUCUUUAUGAGCACAAACGUUUUUUUUACCUAUGAAUAUACACACUGUAGUGGCACUUUUAUGCGCCAGAUUAGAGUCGUUAGCAUUUCUCUCUCGUUUUGGUUUGUUUAAGAUGCAGAUUUGUUUUGUGAUUGUUGUGAAAGGUUGAAUAUUGUUAAAUCAUUUUGAUGUGUUAAGUGUCCUAAAUCAUGUCUGCUACACUCUGUGCCAUUCUUUUAUUUUGUAAAUAUUUUUUUUUGGAAUCAUUUGAGCGUUAUGUGCCAAACUUUCCUCUUUUGUGAAAUCAGCCUGACGGACAUGAGCCCGAGUGAUCAGAGAUCAGACGGGCAGUACGAGAGAUCUCUUCUGGUCAGAAAAGCUGAGCAAGGUAGACGAAUAUUAAGGCUCAAUUAAGAUCAAAUGAUUUUGGUGGUCCUUGGUUCGUUUCACUUUGCCUACAAAACAUUCUGAAUGUGUAUUUAUCUUUCAAGUUGUUCAUGUUUUAAAAGACAUAUCUAUAUUUUGUUUUAAUUUAACAUUUUGUAAAAUUGUAUUUUUUAAGAUGUUCACUAUUAUAAGUGGAUUUUAUUUUGAAGAGUGUUGGAGAAGAAGCUUGUCAACACUCUUAGGUCUGUGUGAUCGAUGUGAAGCAGGAAAGCAGCUAGCUGUACCUCAAAGUCUUACAGAUGUUACUCUUAUGCUUUGUUUUGUAUUUUGUUGAUUCUUUACAAAAACUCUGAAUUGGAUAUUGUAGCUUUGGAUAAAACAAGCUAUAGGGUUGAGGAAUUCUUGGGCAAACCAGGCUGUCUGUUUCUCUCUGCUCCAGUGUUUAAGCUAAGCUACGCUAACAGUCCUCUGACUGUAGUAUAAUAGCUGAAAGACCUAUCUCUAUUUACAGAUUCCAUGUCAGAAUGGAGAAUCUGUAUUUUGGGGUCUGGACUCUAGUAUGUGAAGUGUUUGGUUUCUGUUUGCAGUAAAUUUGUGGUCUGAAUAGUGUAGACCGUUUUUAUGGUGAAUGGUAAAUGGACUUGACCCUUUCUAGUCUUCUGAGUUCUGGCUUUGUUGUAUGCAAGAAAAAAAAACAGUCGGUAAGGAGAACAAUCUGCCAUAAUAACAUCUCAUCAGCGGUACUCUGACUGUUUAUCUCUAUAAACAGAUAUUUGAAUGCAUGUAUAGCUAACAGUCCGUUCUUUAUCCAAGUUCAGCCUAAGCAAACGAUCUGUUUGAAGCUGAGUAGCAAAGCCAAUCAGAGCUUAGAUUCCCCAACUUCCUGGAAUGUAUCGUAAAUGAUUGAUCCGACCUCCACUCAACAAACAGGCGUUUUAAAAGUGUUCUUCAUUUUGAGGGCCGACUUGAUAAAAUGCCUUUUAACUUUAAAAAAAAUCGAAAUCAAGAUGUCGCUCUUUCGGCAAACGUGCUGAAGUAAGCCUGAGUGAAGCCUCUGUGUAACUUAUUAUUUACAGUCAAUCUGAGACCAAUCAGAAACAGAUGAACAAGCCCUCCUCAUGAGAUGUAAGUAACGUCUACAUUGUAGACAUUUCUGGAGGGGUGAAAGCUUCUCCUUUGAUCUGAGUACAUGAUGGCUUCACAAGUAGCUAAUUGGACUGUUAACAGGGUUAGACUGGAGGUGGGUGAGGGUUACAUUUUGACUGGAGGUGAUUUAGCACUAAACACUCGCUACACUAGUCUUAGAAGUUGAAGAAGUUGGACAUGGUCUCCAGAGGUGGACUACAGCCGACGGGGUUCAAGACUUUUGACGGAUAAGAGAUGAGAAUUGUUUCAAUCUUCUCCAGGCGAGAAAGCAAAUGGGCGUAUUUGUUGACCCACAAUUUAAACGUAUCCAUCAAAACGUGUACGUUCAGAUAAAUUAUCCAUUUACCUUGACUCAAAUAUCAUUAGCAGCGUUUGCAUCACACAGCAGGAUCUACCGUUGAUGUUUCUUUACUUUUGUGAUGUUUCCUUGAUUUCUGCUUAUUGUGAUUCUCCACGUUCAGAACAUUUCUGUGAGUUGUAGUACAGCUGGUAGCAGAACA